AUGCUGUUCGAUCUCGCCAACGAUCCCCGGGAGCGUCGCGACCUCGGCGGCGAUCUCACCUACGCGCCGAUCUUCCGCGAGAUGGAGGAGCGGCUUAACGCCUGGGCGAAGGCGCGCAAGAGCCGCGUCACGGUCGACGAUGCCUAUGUCGAGGCACGCACCGCCAGGCAUCGCCAGCACGGCAUCUUCUUCGGACAGUGGUGA